GCAGCCAUUUCUUCGUCGACAACUCGUCCAAGUGGCUGGAUUCGACUGAUUACGACAUCAUGAACUUCACACGCAAGAUUGACCGUGCCAUGCAGUGGGCUGGCGAGAAGAUGGGCGCCGAGGCCAAGGCCACCCACACCGAGGAGUUCAAGGAGCUCGAGGCCGAGAUGGACAUUCGACAUGAAGGCAUGGAGCACCUCCUCAAAUCCAUGAACAUCUACACCCGGUGGCUGGCGCGCCAUUGCGAUGCCCUCGAGGACCGAAGCCGCAGCCUGCCACUCGCCCACCUCGGCAAAACCAUGACGGCCCAUGCGGCAGAGCUGCCAGACGCCGAAUACAGCCGUCGCCUUGCGUCCAUGGGCAACGCCAACGAACAGCUCGCCGAGCUGCAGACGACCUACCUGGACUGUGCCAAUGCUACCUGGACGCAGCACAUUGAGCGGAAUCUCGCCAUGAUGAAGGAUUAUCAGAAUGCCCGCAAGAAGCUCGAAAGCCGCCGACUCGCCUACGAUGCCACCAUGGGCAAGAUUCAAAAAGCCAAAAAGGACGACGUUCGCCUCGAAGACGAGCUGCGCAUCAACAAGACCAAGUUUGACGACAGCACCGAGGACGUCUUCCAGCGCAUGUCGGAUAUUCGAGAGGCAGAGCAGGACACAAUUGGCUCCCUGACGUCGUUCCUCGACGCCGAGCUCGAGUACCAUGAGCGAGCUGCCAACGAGCUUCGCCGAGUCCGAAAGUCGUGGGCCGCUGGCAUGGCAGAUGCCACACGUCCAUCUUCACGGGAAGAUCUAGAGCGCGCUUACUCCAACGUGUCCAUCCGCACUCAGCCCGUCCGAAGCACAAUCAUCAACGAAGCCUACGAGGGCGCCGCUUCGCCUCCCGUCUACAAGCUCAACCGCACCAUGACCAGUCGAGAGCCUCCUCCGCCUCCGCCUCCUCCAGCAUCAUCCAGGCCACCCAUGAUGAGAUCAGCGACCUAUGACACCAGGCAGCCGCCCGUGAUUCGUGCAAGAGCUGCAUCUGCUUCCUUCACCAGAAUGAAUACGACCUGCAGUGUUCCUGAAAGCAGAGCAGAGGACAUCUUUGACGACAACUCAGUAUACAGCGGGGAUAACACCCCGAGCUGGGGAGAGCGCAGCGUCAGUCCGGCAACGAGCUAUGGCAGCCUGCAAACGAAUCCUCAAUUCCCGGUCGAAGCCAAGAAAGCACCGCCUCCCCCUGUUAACCGAGCCAAGAAGCCGCCGCCACCUCCUGUCCCCAGGAAGCUUUCCACUGUUGGCUACUGAAACGGACUAGAGCGCAAUAAGCAUCUUCUUUUCACACACUCUAUUUUAGGAUGACGGCCGGUUGUAUCUAUUCUUACUCCCGAAUUGUCCCCUGCAAUGAAACGAAACGACAUGAAAUAAACAUCUUCUUACUUGUCAACUGGAUAUGAAUAAAAGUUGGCAGCAUCUCUAUUUUUGGAGAUGCAUUGAGUUCAUUGGAAGAUCGAGAAAUAGGAAUAAACUAUUAGAUGGAGGAUAGUCAAGUAUCGCAUUAUAUAUAUGUAUUAUCAAGGAGUUUUGUACACGCCAGGAUGCGGUUGUUUAUGGGAAAAUUAAAUCAUCAAU